CUUCAGCCUGAGCAGCAGCAGCCACCAAGCAGAACAGUGAUGGCUUUGUGUUACAGAAGGACCUGCGGGCUCCAGCCCAUGGCUUCUGACCACAGCUCUGCAGUUUUUGACUACGACUCCUUGCCUUCUGCUGCUGACACCUCCCGUGUUGUGGGUACUACUGGUGUCCAGCCAGGGGCCUGGCCUGGCAUCGUCAGCAUCCAGGCCACCUGGGAGAACGGCACGUGGCACAUGUGUGCAGGCGUCCUCCUCAGCCCCCGGUGGGUCCUCACGGUGGCACACUGCUUCGCCAGGGCCGGGUAAGAAACAGCAGGGACAGAGAUGUCCCCAGAGCACGGGCAGGUGCCCGGGUCACAGCACCACGUGCCACUUCCCUCUCCGUCCUGGGAAGCAGAAAGCCGGGAGAUGUUGGGCUGCUGCAGCCCAUGGCUCUGCUCCCUGUCACCCCUCUCUCCAUCAGGCACCUCCCCAGGGACUUCUCCGCGUGGGGAGUGGUGAUGGGGGCCACAGAUCUGACUCAGCCGGGCCCCAAGGCUGUGGUGAGACACAUCCAGAGGCUCCUGGUGCACCAGCACUACAUGGCUGCCACGGCGAGGAACGACAUCGCCCUGCUGGAGCUGCAGCAGCCCGUGGAGUGCAGCGACUACAUCCAGCUGGGCUGUGUGCCCGACGCCUCGCUCAGGGUGUCGGAGCUGAAAUCCUGCUACAUCGCCGGUUGGAACCUUGCCAGAGGUCAGUUCCCAACAGCGUGUGUGCUCCGAGGGCGAGCUGGGCACCCCGGGGACACGGACCGGCCACGGACAGAGUCCGCCCGCAGGACGCCAGCGGGGCCGGGGCUCGGAGCAGCCCGGGCUGCGGGAAGGAGUCCCCGCCAGCACGGGGCGUGGAACGGGAGGAGCUGUGAGGUCCCUUCCCACCCAAACAGUCCCUGCUGGCCCUGAGAGGCCUCUGCAGAGAUGGGUCUGGCUCCUUCUCCAGGCCAACAGCAGGGACACAGCUGGAUAACAUCACUCUGGAGGCAAAGCCAGUCCCUGGGAAGGGGCAGAGCCAGGCCCGGGAAGGGGUUCACCCCAGGCAGGGGAGGGGAUGGGUACCGAGGUGCUGGGGGCUCAU